GGCGAUUUCUCUCUGUGGAACAUCAGAUCACCUCGCUCCUCUCUUCUAUUUCUCUCUUUUGAACCUCAGAUCACCGUCCUCUCGUCGCCACCUUCGUCCUUCACUCCCUCCGUUCUUUGAGAUAUCUCUCCAUCGUCUUCACCCUUCAGCUCAGAACUUUUAGUAGAAAAGGUUGCCACUUUCAGCCGAACGCUCUGAAGGUCUCUUCGUUUUCAGCGACCUACGCAAGAACUAAUCAUAUGAAGAACUUUCUUCUUAUCGUCCUUCGACCGUUGAGAGAGUCACAUUGUUCAGAGAGCAUCUCUGUUGAUCAUGCUGUGCAGGGGACUCUGCAUCUGUUGCAAUAUUCUGUCUUAAAGUGAAAGCAGGUUGUUUUGGACGAGGAAGAUCCACAAUUUCACUGCUAAGCAUUGAAAUGACUGUGGGCAUGUUAGGUCUAUCUUUCGCAAAUUCUUGCACGCACAGCAAUCCCACAUGUAUGCACCUUAGAACCUCCUCACGAUGGGAUGGAUCGGCGACCAUGUUAUCAACCAAAGCCACAAUGUUGCCUUCAUUCCACAAUUUCCAAGCCUGGAAAGGGCAAAGGUUAGCUUCAAAAUGGGCGGGGAAGAAAGGCGAAUUAAACAUAAGGCUGGUGAAGGAAAGAGCUUAACUUACAUAUCCCACAAGGCUUAAAUGUUCAUCAUUGUAAAAACUGGUGUUUCUUCUCCCACUUACAAUCUCUAACAAUAAAACACCAUAGCUAUAUACAUCGGAUUUCUCUGAAAAUAAUCCUUCCAUCGCAUAUUCAGGGGGCAUAUAGCCACUACAUUAAACAUCGAACAAAAAC